CAUGGCCUAAGGGACUUACUUCAAGGCUGGGGACUGAAAGAGGAGAACAUGAUCUGCAUGACCACAGACAGUGGAGCCAACAUGGUUAAAGCUUUGGAUCUUAACGCCUGGACUCGCCUGCAGUGCUUUGGUCACAGACUUCACCUGGCCAUCGAAAAAAGUGCCAAAGACCCUCGUGUUGAUCGCACAGUGUCCAUCUUGAAGAAAAUGGUCAGUGCAUUCUCCUUCAGCUGGAAGAAAAAUAGGGAGUUGGCUAGGCUUCAAACAGAGAUGAAGCUACCUCCGCACAAACUCAUCACCGACUCACCAACUCGAUGGGGCUCCAAACUCGCUAUGAUUGAGAGAGUGUUGGAACAGGAAAAGGCCAUUUCUGAGAUCCUUAAGGCAGACAAGAAGACAAGGUGUUUGGUCGCUGGAUACAACGAAAAGGAUGUGAUGGAGUCUGUAGUGAAGGCCCUGGGUCCACUACGGGACUUCACAGAUGCACUCUCAGGUGAGGACUAUGUGAGUGUGUCUUAUGCAAAGCCAGUGCUUCACCUGUUCAAAGAACACCUCUUAAAAGCGGAUGAUGAUGACACUGACCUCUCAGGAGAAAUGAAGAUGACCAUUCUCAACUACCUCACUGACAAAUACAAGGAUCCCAAAACUGAUGAACUGCUGGAUGUGGCUUCACUUGUUGAUCCAAGCACAGUGUCCCGCAGCAUCUUCAUCUACCUCCACAUCACAGAGCCUUGA